UACCUGGCGGAGCGGCGGGCAGCGCUCAGUGCAGCACAGGCCCGCUGAAGCGUAAUGCCUCGUUUUACUGUCCACGUCCGUGAUGAGUGGCUGGCAGUGCCAUGCAAGGAUACCACCAACACCAUCCAGUGGCUCGGACAAGAAGCUCUUAAACGUUACACGAAGAACAAACCAGACAACGGUGGCAUCACUGACGUGAAGAACACUCGUUUCUGUGCGCGCAGGUGCCAGGGUUUGGGUUUGUUGGACGCGGAUGAUACCAUCGAGGAUGUACUGGAGGAUAAUGACUUUGUCGAGCUUGCUAUUGAAGGAGAUUCCAUGUCUCCUCACUUUAUCCCGUGUGAGCGUGGAGUUUCUACCAUUACAACAACAUACAAAGAACCUGAAGAAUAUCUUUCUUUGGAUGGCAACAGCCUGACAUCAACCGAUUUGGUCAACUUAGGCAGGGGACUCUACAAGAUAAAGCUGACUCCAGAGGCAGAAACAAAAGUUGUGCAAGCCAGAGAACUUGUGGACACCAUUGUCAAAGAAAACAAAGUUGUCUAUGGAAUCACUACAGGUUUUGGCAAAUUUGCCCGAACGAUCAUUCCUGUCAGCAAGCUCAAGGAGCUGCAGGAGAACUUGGUGCGGUCGCACUCAGCAGGUGUGGGAAACCCGCUAAGCCCAGAGAGGACCCGCAUGUUGCUUGCUCUGAGGAUAAAUGUUCUGGCCAAAGGAUACAGCGGAAUUUCUUUGGAAACCCUUAAUGCCAUGAUCAAAGCCUUUAAUGCUUCCUGCCUCUCCUUUGUCCCAGAGAAGGGAACAGUGGGUGCUAGUGGAGACCUGGCACCCCUCUCUCACCUGGCCCUGGGGCUGAUGGGAGAGGGAAAAAUGUGGUCUCCCAAGAGCGGAUGGGCAGAUGCCAAAUAUGUCCUGGAGGCCCAUGGACUGAAGCCAAUAUCACUAAAACCUAAAGAGGGCAUUGCUCUGAUCAACGGGACCCAGAUGAUUACCUCUCUGGGGGCAGAGGCUGUAGAGCGCGCCCAGGCUAUCGCCAGGCAGGCAGACAUCAUUGCUGCUCUGACGCUGGAGGUGUUGAAGGGAACCACCAAGGCCUUUGACAGUGACAUCCAUUUGCUGCGACCUCACCCAGGACAGGUAGAGGUGGCCCAACGCUUCCGCUCACUGCUGGACUCUGAUCACCAUCCAUCCCAGAUAGCAGAGAGCCAUCGCUUCUGUGACAGAGUCCAGGAUGCCUAUACCAUGCGAUGCUGUCCUCAGGUUCAUGGCAUCGCCAAUGACACAAUAAAAUUUGUCCAGGACAUUAUCAAUACAGAAAUUAACAGUGCCACUGACAACCCUAUGGUGUUUGCAGAAAGAGGUGAGACCAUUUCAGGUGGAAAUUUCCAUGGAGAAUACCCAUCUAAGGCUUUGGACUUUUUAGCCAUUGCAGUCCAUGAGCUGGCCUCUAUCAGUGAGAGGAGGAUUGAGAGGUUGUGUAACCCCUCUCUGAGUGAGCUGCCUCCCUUCCUCGUCAGCGAGGGAGGACUCAACUCAGGCUUCAUGAUUGCCCACUGUACUGCUGCUGCUCUGGUUUCAGAGAAUAAGGUUUUGUGUCAUCCAGCUUCUGUGGACUCCUUGUCCACCAGUGCUGCCACAGAGGACCAUGUGUCUAUGGGAGGCUGGGCUGCUAGAAAGACCCUGAGGGUCAUCGAGCACGUGGAGCAAGUUCUUGCUAUAGAGCUGCUGGCAGCCUGUCAGGGCAUUGAGUUCCUCCGCCCACUUUGUACCACCACUCCAUUGGAAAAGGUCUAUGACCUCGUACGCAGUGUGGUCAAACCAUGGAUUAAAGACAGAUUCAUGUCUCCAGACAUUGAAGCUGUUCAGCUUCUUCUACUUGAGCAGAAGGUGUGGAAUGUGGCCAAGCCUUACAUUGACAAGUAUCAGUCAGAGUACAUCCCCGAGUCCCGUCCUGUCUCUCCUACCGCCUUCUCCUUGGAGCCCCCAGCAUCACCGAGGAAGCGUGUUCGCCAUGAGUGAAUGCAUGUCCAAAAUGUUUUGUUUUUCUCUUUGCAAUAAUUAAAAACUUCAUGUGUUGAUACAUUUGUGAAUAUGAACGAAAACUAGGGAUGGUACGUGCAUGAUAUGAAGUGUAUGAUUCAAUUCAAUCCCGAUACAAUGACAACAAUGUACAACUAGCUGCAGAACACAUACUUUAUUUCUUUUGUAGCACUGGUUUGAUUAUGUAAAGACCAACCAGAUAUAUUGACUGAUGUUUUGUUAGGCUAUUUACAAAAAUUUAUGCAGUUGCUGGUGUACGGAGACCACAUGAUAUAGGUGUCGCUAGACAAAAUGACACAUAUUGUGACAUUUUUGUAUCAUGAUAUAUUAAAUUUCAAUAUAUUGUACAAUCCCUAAUGAAAACCAGCCAAAACCUUGAAGACUAAAGAUAAAAAAUCCAAUGAUAUAGUGUUGUUUUAGCUAAAUUCAAACUGUGAUUUUGGAGAUG